CUGAAACCAGUUUUAACCUCCAAAUUUCGAAUCGAAUUUUUGGAAAAUUGCCCCUGAAAUGGCACUAUUUGGCCACCUGCGGGGCAUUUGUGUCCUUGAGAAGUGCUUCCGGAUGAGGCUAAUCCCCAAAAUAAGGUUUCACAUGUUAUCGGGAUCACCACAAAAGAGUCCCCCGACCGGUACUCGUUCCUUCUACCGGUUUUGGCUGAAGCCUUCUCAGCGUGAUUUGAAGGUUGCGGACGACAUCCCUGACACGUACGAUUUGAUUUAUAGAAACACGAUGAGUAAAUAUAUUUUAGGGGCCCAAAUAAUCACACUGCUGGCUGGAGGGGCUGUGUUCAUGGGGUACGCAUUGAAGGCCGAUUACGACGAUAUCCAGCGCGAGGUCACCAAAUGGAGCCCUACGACUAGAGCCAGCGGUAAUCAGGAAAUGAUUUACAUCUUGUUUUUCUUCUUGUUUAUAAUUUCAAUACAAACUAUGGUCAGACGAGUCCCUAUCAGGAUCUACAAAGUGCCCCAAACGACGAAAUACAUCUCGAUAAAUUAUGGACCGUUUGGAAAACAAAGAUUCAAGUUUAUGAGGGGCGAAGUGUUUCAUGGGAGAGAGACAGGGAUUGUGCCCUGGAAGGAAAACAGAUUUGUUAUUGAGACAAAAACGGACAAGAGAAUUUUCAUCCUCAUGGAGACUUACUUCAGGAGACCGGCCGAUUUGAAUAUCAUGUUGGGGGAACAGAGGGAUCCAGAUGUUGAAGAUGAGGAAAAACCAACGAGAUGAAACAUUUAAAGCGUUUAUUUUUCUUAACUUUAACAAGAUGACAGUUUGGUAAUUCAUAAUUUAUUGCAAUAAAUGUAAAAAUGUCGCACCAGUCUUAGGCCUGUAACAAUGGGUGACUAAUGGCGGCAAUAAACUCGCUAAAAAUAACAUUGUAAUAAAAUUAUUUGGCUUAAUA